AGGAGCGCGGCGCGGCCGGCGCGGGAGGGCAGCGGCGGCGGUGCGGCUCAGCCCGGCCCGGCGCUGCCCGGCGGCGGCGGGACAGAUUGUUUGCACUACUGAAAAGGAACUGCAAUGGAGAGUACGGCAUCAGUUAUUUUCCUUGUAUCGUUUUCCAUACUGCUGUGUGAAAGUUACCAUCAUGGAGUGGAGACGGCUACUGUUGUGCAUACCUCGGAGAGAGCUUUCCCAGAAAAGACAGUGGGUGUCAAUACGGACUUGGCAGGACUAAUACAGAAGUUGCACCUUCAAGAACUUUUUAAUCGUUAUGGAGAAAACAACUCUCUGUCAAUUGAUGGGUUUAGAAAACUGCUACAGAACAUAGGUAUAGAUAAAAUGAAAAGGAUUAAAAUAAGCCACGAUCAUGACCACGAUCAUGAUCAUGACCACAAUCAUGAUCAUGACCACAAUCAUGACCAUCACGACCAUGACCAUGAUCAUCACUCUCAUCAUAAUCAUGUUUCAUUGAGUAAAAGCUCUGAGAAGGCUGCAUGUCCCAACCAUGAAUCUGAUACUAUCAAAGACCACAGGAACAGCCACGCAAAGGAGGCUCAUAAGGCCGAGGGCGUGGAGCGGCAGCAGAACUUGGUGCGCAGCAAGAGCGCGGCUCACGAGAUCACGGCGUCCGUCAUCACCGCUGCCGCAGGCGGCCACGCCGAGCUGCAGAACGCGCAGCCCGGAGAAGUCAGGGCGGUUGUUCGUGUGGCUGCGGCUGGCCCUGGGGCCCUUAACGUCACUGGGGGCCGCAAUGCCACCGGGCUUGGUGCCACCAAGGCAAACGAAUCUCAUGCUUCUCCCAAGGAACUGGAGAGAGGGAGCAACCUCUAUUCUAAACUGAAAAAACAAAACACUCAAGAGUGCUCCAAUGCAUCCAGACUGAUGCAAUUGCAUGGAAUAGGCACUCAAGUAUUGUUGACUGCUACAGAAUUUAGUUAUCUCUGUCCAGCUCUUAUUAAUCAGAUCGAUGGCAAAUACUGCAUAGUCCAUGCUACUAGUGAAAAAGCUGAAACUCCUCCAAAAAGUUACUCUCUGCAAAUAGCUUGGAUUGGUGGUUUUAUAUCCAUCUCUGUCAUCAGCUUUCUUUCCUUGCUGGGUGUUAUAUUGGUACCUCUGAUGAAUCGAGUAUUUUUCAAAUUUCUUUUGAGUUUUCUUGUGGCAUUGGCUGUGGGGACCUUGAGCGGAGAUGCCUUCUUACACCUCCUUCCACAUUCUCAUGGAAACCAUCACCAUCACCACGAAAAGCCUCUGCUUGAUCAAAAAGGCUCGACAUACAAGCAUCUUGUUUUUCCAAGUACAGAGGAGAGUGCUUACCUGGAUUCUACAUGGAAAGGACUUACAGCACUUGGAGGCUUGUACUUCAUGUUUCUAGUGGAGCAUUUGAUCACUUUAAUAAAGCAAUUUAAAGACAAGAAGAAAAAGAAAAAAAAUGAAGAUGAUGGAGAAAGUAAGAAGUUUUCAGCAAAUGAAGAAAAGUUGGAUGCGGAUGAUCGGCCUGAGGGCUAUCUAGGGGUAGACUCUCAAGAUCCAUCAAACUUCAUUUCUCAGCAGCCAACUGUACAAGAGGAAGAAGAGGUGAUGAUAGCUCAUUCUCAUCAAGAGGAGGUUGACAAUGAAUAUGUGUCCAGGGUCUGUAGAAACAAAUGCCAUUCUCACCUGCAUGAUACUCUAGGACAGACAGACCAUCUAAGUCACCAUCACCAUGACUACCAUCACAUUCUGCACCACCAUCAUCAUCAGAACCAUCAUCCUCACAGUCACAGUCAGCGCUACUCGCGCGAAGAGCUGAAGGACGCAGGGAUAGCAACUCUGGCAUGGAUGGUGAUCAUGGGAGAUGGACUACACAAUUUUAGUGAUGGACUGGCAAUUGGAGCAGCCUUUACUGAAGGGUUUUCUAGUGGUUUAAGCACUUCUGUGGCUGUAUUUUGCCAUGAAUUACCUCAUGAGCUAGGUGAUUUUGCUGUCCUCCUAAAAGCUGGUAUGACUGUCAAGCAAGCCGUGCUUUAUAACGCUCUGUCAGCUAUGCUGGCCUAUCUUGGUAUGGCGACUGGGAUCCUGAUUGGUCAUUAUGCAGACAAUGUUUCAAUGUGGAUAUUUGCACUUACUGCUGGCUUGUUCAUGUAUGUGGCUCUUGUGGAUAUGGUACCUGAGAUGCUCCACAAUGAUGCCAGUGACCAUGGAUGUAGCCGGUGGGGAUACUUCCUGUUGCAGAAUGCUGGGAUUCUCCUGGGUUUUGGGAUAAUGCUGCUUAUCUCAGUAUUUGAACAUAAGAUUGUAUUCAGCAUAAACUUGUAAUCCUGGUUGCCAGGAGGACACCUUGGUGUUAAAUUAUAAGUGGUAGGGUUGUUUUUUUUUCCUACAAAUUUCCUUAUUGGAAAGGUACGUUUGAUAUAGACUAGAUUUUUUUAUUGGUGUGCUUUGUCUUUGUGUACUUCCCUCCCUUCUUGCCUGAUAGAAAGAAACACUGUAAAGUUUGGGGUUUGUUGGGAGUUUGUUUUUUGUGUUUUGUUUUUUUUUUUUUACUUGGGAUUUAGAAUUGCUUAUGGUACUGUGGAAAGUGGUACUUAGUAAAACAUGGCCAAAUCUAUAUUAUUUGUAUCGUUUGGGGGAAUUUAGGUUGGUUUUUUAUGAAUUUAUUUGCUGUAUGUAAUUAUAUGUCAUGUUUUUUAGUUCAGUGGUUUUUUGGUUUAAAGAGGUAAAAUAAAAGUGGUUUUUAUUUUAGCACAAUUAAAAUCAGUGGAUACAAAGCACAGUGAGCAAAGUAAAAAAAGAACAAGGCAUCUAACGGUUAGCAUGUGUUUAUUGGUAAAAACUCAUCUCUUCUGCAUCUACCUGGUUUAUAUGGAAAGGCAGAUAAGUCCAUUCCAUCCUUGUGGUGCUAGUUCUCUCAGCAGCUUGUGGAUUCCUCUGUCUUAUUCCAGUUGCUUUCUACUCCAAACAAAUUAAUGUAAAACCACAUUCUAAGUGUUUACAUAAACUGUUUAACUUGUUUCAUCCCUUCUGAUAUGAGUUGCUCUUUACUGAUAAAUCAGCAACAAAUUGCCAAAGCUUUAAGGUAUGUGAAUUCCAUCAAAAAGACUUUAAAAGCAGUGGUUUACUUACUGUUCAGCACUUACAAUGCCUGAAGUGACAAAGGUGUAUUAAAGCCUGUUUGAUAUCAAGGGGGAGGAGUGCUACAGGCUUAGAUAAACAGUCAUUUCCUACAACAGCUUCCUGAAGUAAAGUGUUGAUUUACUUUAGGAAAAUGAGCUGAGUGGGAGAGCUGCCUACUUCUAGUUCAGUGCACACAACCUGUGCUAUAUUUUUUGCAAGAACUAAAGCUGAGAAAUCCAAAAUAACAAAAUUUCUUUGGUAGCAUAUUUAGAGAAACAGUGUGUUAAGGAUGAUAAGUGUAUACUUAAGUUUGUAGUUUAAGCCUACAGGCUUAAUGUGCUUAGUCACCCUGAAUGUCACUGAAGGAAGGAGGUGGAAAAAACCAAUAGUAAAAUAAGUUCUGCAUUUGCAGGGAAGGUGAACAUGUCACAGUUUAAUGAUGAAUAAAUAACAAUUAUGCUACCUUACUAGCUAACUUUAAAAAUCCCAGAAAUAACUAGAACCUUUUUCUCAUGCACUGCUUCAAAUCAUCAGCUGAAUAAAAAGCUUGAACAAGAGAAAUGUUUGAUAAUAUUCUGUAUGACAGGUUAAAACAGUUUGUUGGUCUGUCAUACAGUGGAAGCCAGGAACUGUUCUAUCACCUCAGAAAACAGAUAUUUUCAAUUAAUUGGGAGGUUUGAGGGUUUUUUACAAGUUGAAAAGUGGGUACCAUAGGAGUUUUUGCAGCCAGUAGAAUACUAGCUUCUCCUUCUUCAGCCUUUGCUCAGGUUAGCAAGAUUGAUAUUUACUUUUCUGCUCACAUUGAUGAAAAUCCUGUUCUACUCCUCCUUUGAAGCCAGGGGUUACAAAGGUAUACUUCCUUCAGCUCUCCUAAUGCAUCCCUGUGUCCUAGCAGGCUUUUUGGGGCUUGGGUACAGUGUUUACCCGUGGUUUGGGAAAAUUCCAUGAAUGUAGUGCACUUCAGCCCAUGGGGCUUCCACCUUCUGUGCUGCAAUCCUGGGUACUACAGAAAUUGGGCAUCUCUGUAGUCCUGGGGGAUUUCAGACUUGGAUGAGCUCUGUUUGCUUUGAAUUUUUCACUGUUGGUUUCUGUUAGCCUACAGCCACAAUAGCUGCCAGUUCAGCUGGACUUCUUUUGUCCGAAUAUGACAUAGGAAGUGGGCAGGUAGUUUACUGUUGCUCAAAAGAUUUUAAGAUCAAUGACUAAAUGAUGGAGAUAAAUCAACGAAUUUCAGUGUUUUCCGUGGGUUAUUGGCUGGCUUUUGAUGUACUCAACUGACAUUAAAAUAUCCACAUAUCAAAACACAUUGCUAAUUUAAGAAUAAGAAAAAUUAAUUGCCUUUCAUGCAGUGGGCAUGAGGGCAGAAAUGUCUCUAUCCUGUACACAAGCAUAUUCCACUCCUUCAGUGCUCUUCAGUCAUUGAUGGAGAAAUGUCCAUGAUAGGCAGCUGUCCAAACUAAUAACUGAGAAGGCUACAGACUAAAACUUGCUGUAGUUUUAUAUCAGUGGGAUGACAAAAGGUUGGUUUUUUUGUUUGUUUUGUUGUUGUUUCUCUUUGUCAGCUGUAUAAAGUAGAACCUGCAUCCAUUGCAAUGUACUCCUGUUGGAAA